AUGAGUCUUACAACUACUCAAAUUAGUCUUUGUUUUCAAGCCUAUUGGUCUAUGUGGUUAGCAAAUGCUUUAGGAGGAUUACUUUUUAUGGGUGUUAAUAUUGGUAUUGCUUCAUUUUUUCUAAAGAAAUUCAUUAAGAAAAAAGCAAUCAAUUAUCAACCUACAUCUGGCAGUGCAAAUCGACCGUUUAGUCCGUCAGAAAUUCAUACUAUUGAUGAUACAAAUCAAGAUCAGAUGCAGAGAAAACCAGGAUCACGUGGGUCUUCAUCAAGAUCCGAUAAUUCUGGUUCACCAGAAUAUAUGGAUGAUUUUGCUAAUGCAACACUUGAACAAGUUAAUAAUGUUCGUGUAAAAUAUAAUAUUUCACCAGUAAACUUAAGUGAUCAAUUAUCAACUAUUGCUCAACGAUGGGCUAAUCAUAUGGCACAAACGGGUAAAUUAGAACAUAGUCCAGCUGAAAUGCGUAGUUUUGGACGACAAAUACUUGGCGAAAAUUAUGUUUCAACAUUUCAAACUGAAUUAACAGCUAGUAAAAUGGUUAAAAAAUGGAUGAAAGAAAGAUUUUCUUAUCAGUUCGGUUCAAAUGGACGCCGAGAAACAGAAAAUUUUACACAAUUGGUUUGGCGAGCAACACAAGACAUUGGUGUUGGUCGAGCUCGAUCUGCUGAUGGAAAUUGGUGGUAUGGUGUAGUUGUAUUUGAUCCACCUGGAAAUAUUGCAAAUCAAUAUGCCAACAAUGUACCUUUCAUAACUUGA